AUGGAAAUUAGGAACAACGUGACAGAAUUUGUUCUCCUGGGGCUCACCAGAAACCCAAGCAUGCAGAAAAUUGUAUUUGUUGUAUUUGUUGUCAUCUACAUCAUCUCCGUGGUAGGCAAUGUGCUCAUUGUGGUCACUAUCACUGCCAGUCCAUCGUUGGGCUCACCUAUGUACUUUUUCUUAGCUUAUCUCUCUUUCAUUGAUGCUUGUUAUUCCUCUGUCAACACUCCUAAAUUGAUCAUAGACUCACUCCAUGAAAAAAAGACCAUCCUAUUCAAUGAAUGCAUGACCCAAGUCUUUGGGGAACAUUUCUUUGGAGGUGCUGAGGGCAUCCUGCUUACUGUGAUGGCCUAUGACCGCUAUGUGGCAAUCUGCAAGCCCUUACACUACACAACCAUCAUGAGCAGAAGGGUAUGUGGCCUGCUUGUAGGAGUGGUAUGGGUGGGAGGUUUUCUUCAUGCAACCAUACAGAUUCUGUUUAUAUUUAGACUACCUUUCUGUGGCCCAAAUGUAAUAGAUCACUUUAUGUGUGAUCUGAACCCUUUGCUUAAUCUUGCCUGCACUGAUACUCACAUUCUGGGGCUGUUUGUUGCUGCCAAUAGUGGUUUUAUUUGUCUGUUAAACUUCCUCCUUCUAUUGAUCUCCUAUGUGGUCAUCCUCCGUUCAUUAAGAAAUCACAGUGCAGAGGGGAGGCGCAAAGCUCUCUCCACCUGUGUCUCCCACAUAACAGUGGUUGUAUUGUUUUUUGUGCCCUGCAUUUUUGUGUACAUGAGACCUUCAGCCACUUUGUCUAUUGAUAAGGCAGUUGCUGUGUUCUACACUAUGAUAACUCCCUUGUUAAAUCCUUUAAUCUACACUUUGAGAAAUGCUCAGAUGAAAGAUGCAAUUAAGAAAAUGUGUAGAUAG